UAUAACCAUCUGGAUAUCCGGUAUUGGUAUAACAGCAGGGGCCCAUCGCUUAUGGUCACAUAAAUCGUAUAAUGCAUCACUGCCUUUGCGUAUUGUCUUAAUGUUGCUGUUUUCCAUUGCGGGACAGCGUGAUGCCUAUACCUGGGCCUUGGAUCACCGAAUCCAUCAUAAAUUCUCUGAGACAGAAGCCGAUCCUCAUAAUGCUAAACGUGGCUUUUGGUUUGCCCAUGUCGGUUGGUUGUUCUUGACACCACACCCUAAGGUGGCGGAAAAACGUAAAGUCAUCGAUAUGUCCGAUUUGGAAAAUGACAAGGUGGUUAUGUUUCAACGUAAAUGGUAUAUUCCGCUGUUUGCUGUCUUAUCAAUUGGUAUGCCCGUACUGACACCAUGGUAUUUUUGGGGUGAAUCGUUGUGGAAUUCAUUUUGGAUUUGUUUUACAUUGAGAUUUACAUUGACGCUGAAUGCUGCUUUCUUUGUCAAUAGCGUGGCACAUAUGUUCGGAUCGAGGCCAUAUGAUAAAAACAUUAGCCCCACUGAAAGUCCUUUUGUAUCAUUUGUGGCCUUGGGCGAGGGAUGGCACAACUAUCAUCACGUCUUUCCCUGGGACUAUAAAACUGGAGAGUUUGGUAGCUAUCGCCUAAAUAUUACCACAGCCUUUAUUGAUUUCUGUGCCAAGUAUGGCUUGGCUUCUGGACGUAAAUCCGUUUCACCCGAUAUGAUUUUGAGACGUGCUAAAAAAUGCGGCGACGGCAGUCGUUUCCUAACCGAUGAAUUUGCCCACAAAGAUGCAGUAUGGGGCUAUGGGGAUAAAGAUAUACCCAAAGAUGACUUACAAGAAUUAACAAAAAUGAAAUAAUUAUUUUAAAUAUAUGAAACAAAACCCAAAA